AUGGACACUUUAAACAUAGGUGCAGCAGAGCAAAAUAAAAAGUAUAUUGAACUCUUGCACGAUGAGGAAGACGAAGAAGCCAUUCAUGAUAUUCGGAGGCGAGGGUCAAAUGUGUCGUUGUCAAGAUAUCGGUCAUGUCCUCAACUUCUCGAUGAACUGAACGUAAGCAAGGGUCAGAUUCAGUCAUUUGAGACGACAGUGGAUGACUCGGCACGUCUUGGGAAUAAACUUAGUCCUCAAAGUCCCGUUCCACUGAUGCGUAAACAUUUUCAGUUUGACCAAAAUGGCAUGCCAGGAUCAGCAACUCCAACACCUCCAUCCACGCCUCGAAGUCGGCGUAGUGUUCAUUCACAGAGAGAUUCACCAUCGACGCCUGUCCAGGGCUCCUCGCCCAUGUCCACGCCUCGUUUACUACACAGACCACACCUCUCACGCCCUUCUCUCAGUCGCGACUCCUCCGCUGAUAGCCAGAACGACAGCCGAAACGGGUUUAUCAGUGAUUCUAAAAAUAAUUUCACGCACGUGCCUUUCACUGAUGACGUAACACGAAGACAAGAACACGCGUCAUCCACGACGGUCACGGCCAGUCCACAAAGACCUGGGAUGGCCCGCGGGGACGGGACUGGAACGACCGAGGGAACAGGUCUAGGAGGACAUAGAAAACUCUCUGCACAGCUCAAUUACCUUGGUCCUAGCAUUAUCAGUGGGGAUCCUUCGACUGAGUGCAACCAAGACAAGUGUGAGAAAUGGCUUCAAUCCCUCCAUCUAUCAAAACCGGAUAAAAUCAAGUCACGAAGUCAUAUACAGUUACCGCCUAUAUGA